AUGGCCAAGGAUGCCUAUGAUACAAUGGUUCUGGAGGGCGAGACGCAACUCUUGGAGCGUUUGGAAGCCUUGGAGCUCUACACGGGGCGACCAGUCUUCUUUGGAGCGGAAACCGACUGUGACAAGUUUUGCGAAGAGCAGCAGCGCCUAGCGAAGAGGCACAACAUCACUACACCUUGGAUAUAUCUGAAUUCUGGGCUGCAUGUGGGGCGAGUUUGGGCUCUCCGUUCCUUCUUUGAUGAACCUGUGAAUCGGAGUGCAUUCUUUGCUGAGCAGGAGUGGUGUGCCAACGUGACCCUGGCUCGCCCAGACCUAGUGGCGCUAGACUACAAUCACGAGCUCUUGAUGAAUGUGCUGGGCAUUGAUGGGCUCUUAGAUGGACCCUGGUCCGAGGAGUUUGGACAGCCGCCCGGGUCCAUUGGCGUGGAGCACGAGGUGUCCACACCGGUGAUCCGGAAUCGUCUCACAGGGAGCCGACCGAUGAUUUUGCACUUUCCGGGACGAGCCAAGCUGUCCAGAUACAGACCAUGCCCUCAGGAGCCAGGUUCUCACUGCCAAUUAUCUUUACCCUUUGAAGUCAUGCGGCUGCUGAUGCCCGAAGCUUAUUCUGGAUGGAGGCUGAAAGCCUUGCAGGAUGUCCUUGAUGAUUUGUCGCAUCCCUGGCUACUGCGGCAUCCGAUGAGCCCGUACAACCUGCAUUUCCAGAAGCUUCAGGAAAUUGUGGACAAGUUGAAGAGGCGUGAUCAUCUUAUCACCCUCAUUCUUGCUGGAGAUCUCAUCCUUCUCGCCGCCGCAGUCCUCUUCUUGGCGCUCUCGCGGGGUUUUGGCAGCCCCUUCGGCCGAGCCAAGAAGGAGUCGGCCCUCCCACGCUUGGGCACCAAAGAGAUGGGCGAUGGCGCGGCAGUGAACAGGAUGUAUGAGGGGGCCAUUUGCAUUGUGCUGGCUGCCGGCUUUUCCAAAGUUGAAAAGGAGUUGGAAGAGGCCAAUGAAGACGACUUGGCUGGGCUUCCAAAGGCACUUCUGCCUGUGGGCGGCAAGCCAAUGUUAGACCACUGGUGGGAAUAUCUUUUUCAGAACCGGCUGAUCUCGGACAUUUUUCUGGUCAGCAAUGCUUUGAAGUAUAAGCACUUUGAACGCUGGGCGACUGCCAAAGGAAUUGCAGUGAGCCGAGUGGUGAACAGCGGCGCCACCGCUGUAGAGAAGGGCCGAGGUGUCCUCAGAGAUGUGGAGCUGGGCCUGCGGAGAGCGCAGCAGGUGCUGGGCCCCAUCGAUAGUCGCGACAUGGUCGUCUUCGCUGGAGAUACUCUGUUCUUCAAAGACUUUGAUUUACAAAGGAUCCUGGAUUUCCAUUUCUACAAGGGUGGUUCCUUGAUGCUGUACUACGGGUGUCGUGAGGUGGACCAUCCCUCAGAGCGGGGCAUGUGCGAGGUGGAUGAGACGAGUAAGGUGAUCUCCUUUGUUGAGAAACCAGCAGCCAACCAGAGGGGCUUCGACUUUGCGUUUGUCUCCCCACUCUUUUACAUUUUAGAGCCCAAGGCUUGGAAGAAGAUCCCGGACUACAACUCCACUUUGUCUCGGAGCAUCUCUUCGAGCUCUGGCAUCUCCUUUAGCUUUGGCCGCUUUGUGCAGCAUGCCAUCGAAGAUUUAAAGCUUCCUUUCUGGGGCAUGCGCAUGCCGGGCGCAUUCCACCUCAUCGGCGCCUCCACCGGGUUGGAGGAGUAUCGUCAGUUGGAUCGGACCUUUUCAUCGGUCAGCAGCCAGGAUGGUUUUGGCCGGCGCUUACGGACCAAGACGUAUGCCCGUGUGGGUCUCAUGGGAAAUCCCAGCGACGGCUUCCAUGGGAAGACGUUGUCCGUGACCAUCCGGAACUUCUGGGCCUCCGCGGAGAUUUGGGAGUCACAACAGCUCAGGCUGCUGCCUCAUCCGCUCUUCGACCCAAGCAGCUUCAGUGGAUUGGCAGACCUACAUUUUAUUGGGCGACGGGAGGGCUACUAUGGAGGCACUCGCCUGCUCAUGGCCACCUGUAAGCGCUUCCAGGAGCUUUGCACGAGCCGUGGCAUUGCGUUGCCCAGCAAGAACUUCACUCUGCGCUACGACACGAACAUUCCACGCCAGGUGGGCCUUGCCGGCAGCAGUGCCAUCGUGAAUUCGGUCUUUCAAGCGCUGAUGAAGUUCUUCAACCUGUCUGAAGAGCAUAUCCCGCUGGAGCGGCAGCCGUCCUUCAUUUUGUCGGUGGAAUCCGAACUUGGAAUCCAGGCUGGUUUGCAAGAUCGAGUCGUGCAGGUCUAUCAAGGUCUAGUCUUUAUGGAUUUUGAUGCCGAGCACAUGAAGGAGAACGGCUACGGCAGGUAUGAGCGCCUUUCUCGAAGCUCCUUCGAGUGGCUCAGCUCGCUGCCCUUCUUCAUCGCCUUCGAGGCGGACCCCAGCGACUCGGGUAAGAUCCACUCCAACGUCCGCACGCGCUGGGAUGCGGGCGAGGCCGAGGUGAUCUCCGCCAUGCGCCACUUCGCCGAGCUGGCAGUCAAGGCCAAGGCCGCCAUUGAGAACCGGGACCAGAAGGCCUUGGCGGAGCUCAUGGAUCAAAACUUCAACCUUCGAAGGAAGCUCUACGGUGAUGCUUGCCUUGGCAGCAAAAACCUGGAGAUGAUCGAGAUUUGCCGGCGCUGUAACUGUGCAGUGAAGUUCCCCGGUAGCGGCGGCGCGGUGCUGGGGCUCUGCCGCAGUGAGGACGGAUCUGAUCCAUGGCAUCCGAUUCAGGAGGCACUGGAGGCUGAGAACUUUGUCUUUUGCCCGUUGGACCUGGUGAUGUUCUUGGUGGCUGCCUUGGACCUCGAACGCGAACUGUCCAAAGAUGACGAGUGCCAUGAGUCCACCUGCGGCCUGGAGGCCCUACAACGUCGAGGGCUCAGACGAGAUCGAGUCGCUGGUGAACCGGAACGUGCAGGUGAAGCGGCAGAUGACUUGCAGGCUGAGCUUGGUUGUUAUGACGGCAGUGCGUCUCAGUACUUCCUGAACUGGGAAGCCAGUGGCAAAGACUUCUUCAAGGAUUGGACCUUCGUGACGGAAGAUCCAACUAAUGGAGAGGUGAACUACCUCUCUCGUGCGGAGGCGGAGGCCCAAAGCCUAGCGGUGGCUGACCAGGACCACGCGCUGCUCCGGGUCGGCGAGCUGCACAAUGGCAAGCGAAAUGCUGUCCGGAUCCAAACCAACAAGGCGUGGGAUCCGACAAAAUCCUUUCUGGUGGCGAUGAAGUAUCGCCAUGUUCCCUACGGUGCUGGUGUGUGGCCAGCGUUUUGGACCAUGUCCAGCGACAAUGUUUGGCCCAAGGGUGGUGAGCUGGACAUCGCCGAGUUCGCCAAUGACCAGCCAAACCUGAUCACGCUCCACGUGCGCGGCGAGUGCGCGAUGGAUGCCGAACGGCUGAAGAUGUGCACUCCUGCCGACUACACUUGGUACGACACAGUCUUCACCACCUGCGACACGGACUAUGGUCAGCAACGUCAGGGCUGCAAGCCUCCGCAAAAGCGAUACAUUGGAGAGAUUUUCAACGUCUAUCCUGGAACCUUCGUUGCAGAGUGGAACAACAACACCAUCAAGGUGUGGCACUUCCCACAGGGUACGGAGCCUGCCGAUUUGCACGGCACGCCGCGGCCGGGGGACUGGGACCCGGAGAAGCUCUUGACCUGGUUCCCAUUCGAGCCGCACAGCUGCACCAAAGCCUUCGCCCCGCAGGAGCUUGUCAUUAACACCGAGCUGUGUGGUGACUGGGCAGGCAGCAACUGGGAGCUGACGCCCUUGAGCUAUGCCACAGGCUACCGGAGCAUGUACGGCAACUGUCGCGGAGGCUUUGAUUGCUGCCAGAAGUGGAUCCAGGACCCCAAAGCAACACCGUUUCUGAGAGACUACGCCGUCUGGGACAUCGACUACAUCAAGGUCUUCACGCUGGAUGGCAAAGAUACUGCCCCAGCCAGUGGCACCUUCCGCCGCGGAGGGCAAGCGUUGCACUGA